GUGAGGCGUACGUGCAAAAUCAGUCUGCUCUUGUGGAGGCCGACGCGUAGGCGAUGACGUAGCAGUGGGCAAAGGAAAGGGCGGUUUCAGAUAAAUCGUGAGAACAAUUACACUUUCAUCUAAUUGACAAUCUGCGACCGAAACACACACCUGGAUUAAUUUACUGUUGUGAAUCGUUUGAUUGACAAGACGAGCAUGUCACCAUUGGUGUCAAGAGAAAAGGCUGCCCUCAGGCAGUGCAUUCAGGCCCAAGCCCAGCUGGAAGAGGCCAUUGCUGAGGUCAUCAAAGCUGAAGUUCAACUAAAGAGCAACUCCAGAGAGGUGAAGUCUCAGUUGCACAGCUGUAUCAGCAGACACCUGGAGAUCCUGCGCUCUCGUGAGGUCUGUCUUCUCGAGCAGAUUGAUCUUUUGGAGCAACUGAAAGGAGAAACUUUACAACAGCAGCUACAGCAGCUCUAUUUGCUCAAGGGCCAGUUUGACAUUCUCAUUCAUGAGCUGGAAUAUUCCAGUAGUACCAGUCCUGCCACCCAGCUCACCAACUGCUUGGAAAAGCUGUCUUCUCUGAAUUUGACUCCCGAAGAAACCCCAGAAAUGAGUUUCCAAGCAGAUGCUCGCACCUUGCGGCAGGCCAUCACAUCCUUUGGGACCAUUUCCACACAGCAGAUGGAGGUGUCUCAGAACACUCUUGAAAGAUCAUGGCUUCUCCAGGAUUGCCCAGUUUCAGGCAAGAAACAGAAAAUGGAUCCUGAAUGGUGCACACCUCUGGCUGAAUGGCUUCUAGGGAAGCAUCCAGUAACCAGUGCUCCUGUGGGACACCAGUUUGGCACAAACACCCAGGACUGGCUGCUUGCCUCCAAGCAAUCUCAGGAAGAUCAACAAUUGCCACCUUUUGACUUCCAAAAGGCUUGGGGCCAACUCCAAGACCUGGAGUCGUGGCUUCUGAAAGAGAAAUUGCCUAUUCGUGAGCGUACCCUCAGUGGCAGCUCAGCCUUCUCUAUUGAGAUGAUUGAGGAAGUUGACUUGAAUCUGAAUGAGGUGGAAGAGGAAGAUGAGCAGGAAAAAUUGGAUGACACUACUGAGGAAUUUAGCAAGUGGCUCAUCAGCACAAGCAAGCAAGACAAGAGCAGCCUAGUCUCUGACGCUGACCGCUUCAAGCAGAUUGUCAAACCCUUCUACGAGAGCUUUUCUCCCAGUGAUUGGCUCCUCAAGGCUGACUGCAGCUCUUGCUGUGCCACACGAUCCGUAGACGUUGAAAUUGAGAACCUCGGAAAGCUCAAGUGUCUAAAGACUCCCCAAUCAUCCGCUGCUAGCAACCCAGAGUCCAUUGAGAUGUGGCUUCAGAAGACCAUACCUCUCGAGACCAACUGCAAAGCCAACGAGACCUGUACCAGCUACGCUCAAUGCGUGUGCGAUGAUAACUGUGGAAAAGAGGCCCUAAGUGCUUGGCUCCUCAAGAAAGAAGGGUGGGAUAAGAAUGGUGUUCCUGUCAGUAAGAACACAACAAACAAAGCUUCCAGUCACCAGCAGGAGCAGCAACAGAAGGUUCAGGCCAUCCUAGAUGCCUGGCUACACCCAAGCAACAGCGCCAAGACUCCUGCUGCCCUGUCGUCCCUCUCUGCCUGGGUGACCCCGCACUUAGUUGUCGGCGAGGAGAAGAAUUCGUGCUUAACAACCUCAGAGAUCUCCUUCCAGAAGCCAGUCCAGAGUGAGAACUGGCUUCUGCCAGCGAUGAAGCACAUUAGCAGUACCACUGAGACGCCAAGUGAGCCAGAGAGAAAGAACACUAAAGAGCGAGACCACAAAGACCUAGAGGAAGACAAAUGGCUUCUACGCAAGCGGUCAAAUGCACAGGAAAGACUUGGCCUGCCCAUAGUAUGUGACCUAUUUUCCUGCUUGAAGCUCAACGGGGACAAAGAAAAGUGGCUCCACCAGGCAGCUACACAGAUAUGAAUACAACAUUCACUGGCUUUUUUGAGUCUUACUAGCACUAUUUAAUCACUGAUUAUUGCACAGUAUUUUUCUUCUGUGCUUUUACGAAAUUUUCUCUCUAGAGGUCUUAGCCCAGAAGACUUUUAGUACAACCAUCACUUGAGAAAGUAUUUUGUGCUGGGGAAUUUCUGUAAUUUUGCCUUUUAUUUGCAUAAAGUUAAAUUCCAGUAAUGACCAAAGUGUUGACAUUAUAAUUCAGUAAUUUUAUUAAAAAAUCACAAGAAAAUGGACCAGAUUGGAACGUACAAAACAAAUAAAACUUUUUUUUUUUGUUUUUUUGUUUUUUUACCCUUAGGGCAUGGUUUGAGAGGGGCUUGGGAAGAACUGAAAUAAAAACAAGUCUAUAUUCAUUUUAAUCACGCACAGUUAUAAUAACUUUUUUUUUUUUUUUUUUAAUGCUGUGAAACUCUCCCCUGCACAUUUGCUGGAAGAUUUCCUCUUAAGCAGAAAAUGCUUUUCUUCACCAUUUGAUCUCUGGAGGAUAUUGAGUUUUCUCAAUUAAGAUUACACAUGCUUCCUUUGCCAUUUAUUCAUAUAAUAGCUAAACAUGGCAUAACUUUCCAAACAUGGAGCAGCAAAUAAUUCCAUUGUAUGUGGAAUAUUUCAAAAGCAGAGCCAAUUCUGUUAAUGAAACCUCAAGAAAGCUCCGAUAACUUGUGCCUGACCUUAAAUGUGUAGCAAUGCUUGUGGUCCGUUCAUCUCUUUUGUAUGUUAAGAAAACAAUCCGUGGGUUAAGUUUAGAGCAGGCAAUGUCCAUUGUGUGUCUCUCCGUGCAAGACUUGUGGCAAAUAUUUACUAUAGAAUGAAUGUAUAGUUCUUUAUUAAAUUUAUUAAAUCAUCUUGUAACCACUUGAUUUAACAUGUCUCUACUCUGAUCCACCCUGUCGACAUAUAAAAAUAAUUAUACUUUGCUCUUUGCACUUACAAAGCAAAUGCAACAGGGAAAUUUAAAGCUGGUUCAAAGAUUAAAAUUAAGCUUGCUUCUUAUAGAGAAAAUAUUAUAUCAUGGUGUCAUUUCAUGUAAUAAUUUUUUACCUUGCAAUUGACCAAGGAUUUGGUAUAUAAAACAUUAACAAUGUUCAAAUAUGGACUCCGGAUCAUAUGCACAAUACAUAGUUAGUUUUUUUUUCUCUUUUGUCAACAUAUGACAGUGCUUAACUACAGCACUGCACAAAAUAAAAAAAUAUUGCUUACAUGA